GGCGAUGGUCCUGGCCGGGGUGGGCGCCCAGGGCGCAGCCCUCCAGGCCCCGGACUACUACGUGCAGGAGACCUGGAGCCGGGAGCCCUACUACGCGCGCCGGCAGCCCGAGCCCGAGCCCUUCUCGCCGCCGCUGCCCGCGGGGACCCCGGACGGGGAGCGGGAGCCGCGCCCGCCCGAGCCCAGGCCUCCCAAGAAGGCGACCAAGCCCAAGAAAGCUCCCAAGAGGGACAAGUUGGCUCAGGAGACUCCUCCACCAGGUAAAAAUAGCAACAGAAAAGGCGUGAGAACCAAGAGCUCUGAGAAGGCUGCCAAUGAUGAUCACAGCGUUCCUGUGGCCCGAGUCGAUGUCAGAGAGGGUUGCCCACCUCUCGGUCUGGAAACCUUAAAAAUCACCGACUUCCAGCUUCACGCAUCCACUUCGAAGCGCUAUGGCCUCGGGGCCCAUCGAGGGAGACUCAACAUCCAGGCAGGUAUCAACGAAAAUGAUUUUUACGACGGGGCGUGGUGUGCAGGAAGGAAUGACCUCCAUCAGUGGAUUGAAGUGGAUGCUAGACGUCUGACCAAAUUCACUGGUGUCAUCACUCAAGGAAGGAACUCACUUUGGCUGAGUGACUGGGUGACCUCCUACAAGGUCAUGGUGAGCAAUGACAGCCACACAUGGGUCACCGUUAAGAACGGAUCUGGAGACAUGAUAUUUGAAGGAAACAGUGAAAAGGAGAUCCCUGUUCUCAACGAGCUGCCCGUCCCCAUGGUGGCCCGCUACAUCCGCAUUAAUCCGCGGUCCUGGUUCGACAACGGGAGCAUCUGUAUGAGGAUGGAGAUCCUUGGCUGUCCGCUGCCAGAUCCGAAUAACUAUUAUCACCGACGGAAUGAAAUGACCACCACCGACGACCUGGAUUUUAAGCACCACAACUAUAAGGAAAUGCGCCAGCUGAUGAAGGUUGUGAACGAAAUGUGCCCUAACAUCACCAGAAUUUACAACAUUGGCAAGAGCCACCAGGGCCUGAAGCUGUAUGCUGUGGAGAUCUCUGACCACCCUGGGGAGCACGAAGUCGGCGAGCCGGAGUUCCACUACAUCGCCGGGGCCCACGGCAACGAGGUGCUGGGCCGGGAGCUGUCCCUUCUGCUGAUGCAGUUUCUGUGCCAAGAGUACUUGGCCCACAACGCGCGCAUCGUCCGCCUGGUGGAGGAGACCCGGAUUCACAUCCUCCCCUCCCUCAACCCCGACGGCUACGAGAAGGCCUACGAAGGGGGCUCAGAGCUGGGUGGCUGGUCCCUGGGGCGCUGGACCCAUGAUGGCAUCGACAUCAACAACAACUUCCCCGACCUAAACACGCUGCUCUGGGAGGCAGAGGACCGAAAGAACAUUGCAAGGAAAGUUCCCAAUCACUAUAUUGCAAUCCCUGAGUGGUUUCUGUCUGAAAAUGCCACGGUGGCGGUGGAGACCAGGGCUGUCAUAGCCUGGAUGGAAAAAAUUCCCUUUGUACUGGGCGGCAACCUGCAGGGGGGCGAGCUGGUGGUGGCGUACCCCUACGACAUGGUGCGGUCCUUGUGGAAGACGCAGGAGCCCAGCCCCACGCCCGACGACCACGUGUUCCGCUGGCUGGCCUACUCCUACGCCUCCACGCACCGCCUCAUGACCGAUGCCAGGCGGAGGGUGUGCCACACAGAGGACUUCCAGAAAGAGGACGGGACUGUCAAUGGGGCCUCCUGGCACACUGUCGCCGGAAGUCUCAACGAUUUCAGCUACCUUCACACCAACUGCUUCGAGCUGUCCAUCUAUGUGGGCUGUGAUAAGUAUCCGCACGAGAGCGAGCUGCCUGAGGAGUGGGAGAAUAAUCGAGAAUCCUUAAUCGUGUUCAUGGAGCAGGUCCAUCGCGGCAUCAAAGGUGUGGUGAGGGACUUCCAUGGAAAAGGAAUCCCGAAUGCCAUUAUCUCUGUGGAAGGCGUUAACCAUGACAUCCGAACAGGAGGGAUUUUGCAUCCAGUCAACAGGGGAACUGAAGUCUAAGGAGAGAGCAGCUAGUCCAAGUCCUUCUUUCUAAAUGCAUGCAGAUAUGUUGGCCAAACACCUGGCUCGGAAUGCCCCGUGACUGUCCUCUGUUUGGUGGACACUCACCUGACCUGCUACCGAAUGGACUUUUGUCGGAUCUGGGUUGUCCCUCUGUCCACUGUGCUGAGCGACGCAGCUGUCCCCAGCUGCGUCCCCACCUCCCCCUGCAACCCCACAGAACAUUCACCCUUGAACAAGGACCUGGUCACCCCGUGGGGUAGUAACCUAACAUGCUGACCCCUGAGGUGGAUGGUUCUAGACUUUACUGGUGGUCAGGGGAAGAAGCCGAGAUUACAAGAGCCUUGGGGAGAAGUGUGGAGAAAGCCUAAGCAAGAGCUGCUGGGGGAGAGGGUGCAUUGCCAGGCCCGUGAGGGCAUCAGGCUCUCCACGUUUCAGAAGCGCACACUUGCAGAUUGCAGAGCUGACAUCCCUCAUUCUCAUUCUGUGAACCUAAACAAAUUCCUGAUCAUUCCAUUCAUUCUUCGAACACGUCCUACAGAGCACUUCCGGUGCGCGGGCCUAGAUACUGUGGCAAAGGAGACAGAUAUGGCCGCUCACCUCAGCGAGUAGACAUUCUAACGGGGCAGGUCUACAAACAAUUACACAGGAAAACUUAAAAGCUAAUUGCAGACUAUGGUGAGAGCCAAGGAAGAAAGAAUUUGGAGAAUCUGUAGGAACCAGGGGGGAAAGCCAAGGAAGUCUCCCUCCCCGAAGGUGAAUGGCAUCGUGAGGCCCAGGCCAGCUGACGGCACGACAAAGAAGACUCGAUGGGCUCUUGCCUUCUGGAAAGCAUGAGGUGACAUUUUAUUUCAUUGAAAAGCUCGCAUUUUUACCAAAGGAAGAUGCAGGGCACAGCGCCGAGGAACCGGGGAGUCAGCCGCCUGUGCUGUGUGGACCCCGACCCCUGAUACUGAGGCCUGUUUACCAGUGAGCCCCCCUAUGUACGUGUGGCAGACAGCUGCCUACGGAGUUCAUUUUUCACAUGUUCUCAUGAGUCACUCACUUGCUUGGGGGUGUCUCAGAUGAAUAAAGAUGAUGACUUGGACCUGAUGCUUCAGAGUGUCCUCCGUGUGUCUCCGUGUGUGAGCUAGUCACACACAGCGCUGCCCCUGUCCCACAGAAGACUUCAGAGCUCGUGUCGACAAGGGAGCCUUGCCCGGGGCCUCCUUACCCCUUUCCUCUUUCUCUUCCAACACCAAAGCCUCAGACCGAGUGGGGCGCUCAGGUUGCCCUGAGAGAGCGAGCCGAGCCUGCCGCUGGGGGGCCUGCUGGUGGCGGGCCGUGCGACCUCGUGCCGGACAUCGUGCCUCCCUGGGCAUCAGGUUACUCACGUGGAAAGGGCACUCAUCAUACAACCAGCCUCAAAGUUUACCUGGAGAUCCAGCAGAUCAGUGCCUGCCUCGACCUCCUGGGCACCAUGUCCUCCACGGGGCA